AUGGUUUCCAAACACGCGUCCGCGGUCGCCGCGACCCUCGCGGCCUUUGGCCUUCCAUUGGCCACCGCUCAAGACAGCUCAAACACUGCUACGGUCAAUCUUGCAGCCACCCGCGGUACAUCGCCGGGGUAUGCGGCGGGUUUCAUCUACGGGGAGCCCUCUUCCAUAUUUGAUCAAAGCCCCAAUCAGAUCCCUGAAAGCUUCUACACCGGUAUGGGCUUCAUCUACGGCCGAGCAGGUGGCGGGCAGGAUCCCACCGGAGGCUACAUCACCUCCCUUGCCGGCUACGAAUCGCGAUUCCAAGGUACCCUGCAGAAUUACCAGACUUCCCGCCAGGCUGGCGGCAAAUUUCAAGUCCUGCCUCACGACCUUUGGGGCACCGACCAUGCUACCAAGGACAGCUACUGGCCUGGCGAUGACGGUAACUGGACAAUCUAUGAUAAUUUCCUCGAUCGCGCGCUCAGCGAUAUCGUUGCGAACGACAUGACGGAUGGUUUGGACUGGGACUUGUGGAACGAGCCGGACGGCGGUUACUUCUGGUUGCGCAGCCAGGCGCAAUAUCUGGCCAUGUGGAACCGAACGUAUCUUCGCAUUCGAGAAGACAGCGCAUUUAACAACGUUCUUAUUGUUGGCCCUUCCAGUGCUAGUCAGCCUAGCACGUCGAACAGCUGGUGGACCACCUACAUCCAAUACGUCGUCUCGAACAACGUCAUCCCGGAGCAGUACACUUGGCAUGAUGAGCCGGGUGACCCAGGCACCGACAUUCCCAAUCUGAACACGUUGCUUGCCAAAUACAAUGCCCCGAGUCGCCAAAUCAACAUCAACGAGUAUGCGACGCAAAGCCAACAAAAUUCUGCGGGUUCUGCGUGGUUCAUCUCUCGUUUGGAGCGUUAUAACGCCUAUGGCUUGCGCGGCAAUUGGUUGAGUGCAUGCCAGCUCUACGACUUCAUGGCAGGCAUAGUUGGCAAGACAAACACGUCAGAUUGCACCUCUGCGCAGUACUAUCCCAACGGGCAAUACCAGGUGUACGAAUGGUACACCAAGAUGAUGACAGGAACCCGCGCCACCACGACCGGAACCGGCGACGGCGUGAUGGACGUCUACACCACGAUCGGGAACGCAGGCGGCACCGUUCAGACCCUGACGGGUGUGCUCAAUCAGCAAGGAACGUGGUACAUUACCAUCGACAACCUUUCUGCCGUCGGCCUCCCCGAAUCCGGUUCGCUGCCCAUCCAGACGUACGGCCUGGUCGACGACGGCCCGUAUGGCGAGGUAAAUGCACCCACAAAUCGCGGCAUUUACUCGCAUCAGUAUAGCGGGAAUAGCGUGACGUUCCCCGUGUACCAGACGUCGGUGGAUGAGUACACCGCGUGGGUGUUUGAGUUCAACACCACCUCCUCCAGCUAA